GUCAAGGUGCACGAUUUUUACGUCACGCCCACCAAAGCGUACAUCGUCAUGGAGCUCCUGAAGGGCGGGGACAUGCUCGAGCACGUCAUCGAGAGCGAGGAGGGAAGGCUAUCCGAAAACGUCGCCGCGGGUUGCGUCAAAGCGCUGCUCUCGGGCCUCGCCGAGAUGCAUCGCGUGGCGUACGUCCACCGCGACAUCAAGCUCGAGAACUUGCUCUUCGCGGGCGAAAACUGCGAGCCGGAGACGCUGCGCAUCGCGGACUUCGGGUUCGCGCGGAAGAUGACGUCGAGCCGGAGCACGCUCUCGGAGCAGUGCGGCACCCCCGGGUACGUUGCGCCGGAGAUCAUCACGGGCCAGUGCUACACCCCCGCGGUGGACUGUUGGGCCGCGGGCGUCGUGCUGUACGCCGCCGUCGUCGGGCGGUUCCCGUUCGACGCCGGGGAGGAUACGCAGGCGAGCUUUCGGAUGAUCGCGGAAGGGAGGGUGCACGAGAUACCGGCGUCGUCGGGCGUGAGCGACGACGCGAAGGAUCUGAUCGCGCGGCUUCUGACGGUUGAUCCCGUGACGCGAUUCACCGCGGAGGAGGCGUUGGGGCACCCGUGGAUCGUGAAGCACACGUCGUCC